AUGUAUGAAUGUAAACAGACAAAGCAAAAACCAUCAUCAAAUAUAGAAGAUGAUUCUUGUUUUUUUGUAUUUUGGGAUUGUUUACUGCCACUUUUUAAUCGUUGCCGUCAAUGUAAUUCUACAGUUGUAUCCGUCCAACAUUAUAUCCAAGGGGCAUUACUUUCUAUUAUAACUAUAUGUGAUAGAAACCAUAAAUUAAUUUGGCGUUCACAAAAUAAGAGUAAUAAACGUCCAUUAGGAAAUAUAUUGAUUGGAUCUGCUUUGACUUUAUCUGGAAUUCUGUACACACAAAUGGUAGCUUUCUGUGAUUCAUUAAAACUAUCGUUUUUUUCUCGUCCAGUUUAUGAUAAAAUAAUUAAGCGUUAUACUGGACCAGUCAUUUGUAAUAUUUGGGAAGAUCAAAAGAAAAGUACAAUUAACAGUAUUAAAAAUUCAGAAAAUGAUAUUUGGUUAGCCGGAGAUGGGCAGUAUGACUCUCCAGGCUUUUGCGCCAAGUAUUGCAUUUAUUCGGUAAUGGAUUUACGUAGUGGAAAAAUAGUGGACUUUAAACUUGUACAAAAAGGUAUGGUAAAAGGAGACUUAGAAAGAAAAGGUUGUGAAUUAUUACUUAAUGAUUUGACUAAAAACCAAAAUUUUAAUAUUAAAUUGUUUCUUACUGAUCGACAUAAAGGAAUUCGUUUUUACAUUAGAACACAACAUCCUGAAAUACAACAUGAAUUUGAUGUGUGGCACCUAUCUAAAA